AUGACGGCCACGAUUGCUAGUGCUUUGAAUGACUGCUUGAAGGAGUUUACCGAUUCAACCACUUCAGGCGUCCUCGCGAAUUUCGAAAAUGAAGUCUCGCAACGCCGCUGGUUGGACGAGUUAGGGCGACUUCGAGUUUGGGCUUCCAAUAUUGGCGCUCAUCAAACUGGACAGUCUUCACUGGACUAUCGGCUCCGGGAUGCUUCACACUUGAAGGAUGAAACGAUAAAGAUCCUACAGCGAACGCUACAGGUCUUACUAAAUCUGCGCGAGGUUAUCGAGGAAGGGGAAGAUGAGCCAUAUGACGAGGGCGGUUUCAGCGGUGAUAGCGAUAUGGAAUUUGAAAGCGAAGGCAACGAGAUGACGGACGUCCAACUACUCUAUCAAAGCCUACGCAACAAUAUCAACCUUCUAUUCCAGAUUACCAUGGCUAUUCGCAAACCGGCUGAUCACGAUCGACUUGUUCGAAUGAAGAUCAAACAUGCUUCUUUCUUCGAGCCCUGGGCUCAGCAACACAUUUCCCACAAGUUUCCCGGCGCCGAGGACAACACGAUUCGCCGUUUAAGUGCUGCCAUGGCGAAACAAAAAGCAGUUCUGAAAUAUUUCGAGCGGCACCGAGCAAAACUGGGCAAAGGCUUAUUAAAUCACGGCGAUGCGGAGUCCAACUUUCUUUCUGAAACCGUGGCUACGGAAAUGGCACUGGCCGAUGGCAUGGAUCACCUCCACUUCCUUGAGACAAAUUCGACGUCUGGUGUGUCACAAACAUCAUACGCCUCUAGCAUUUUCGCAGGGGAUGAGUCACUUUCUGUUCCUAGUGCUCCGAAGGGAUCCGCAGAUAAAGCACCAUUCGAAUGUCCAUAUUGUCGCCUUAUGAUUACCAUUAAAAACACCAAGGACUGGGCCCGCCAUGUAUUCCGGGACUUGAUGCCAUAUGUAUGCCUAUCUCCCGACUGCAGUACACCAUCAAAGUUGUAUGAAAGUCGUCGACAGUGGUAUCACCACAUGUGCGAAGCCCAUUCCAUCUCGGAUACUAAUCAAAAUGGUUCGGAUUGUCCUCUUUGUCUGGAGCCCAUUCGACCGCCUCUUACCUUCGAGCGACAUGUUGGACAUCACUUGGAACAACUGGCACUUUUUAUCCUUCCUCGUGCGGAUCUGGAAGAUGAAGCUCCAUCGGCUGACCCGCCCAAAGCUGCGUCUGUACAGGCUUUCGGAGAUUCCAGCGAUCCUGGUAGUAAGCCGGAAACACCACGCAAUUUGAAGACUUCGGAAGGACCUAUUUUUGAUGCAAGUGAUUUAAAUUUUGUUAUUGAUGGGGAUAGGAGAUAUGAUGAUUUUCUUUAUCAGAGACGGAGAGAUGUCCUUGGUUCCAUUCAAGACACAGCCGAUUCAGAAGAGGAAAGCCCAGAAUCUCCAGUCUCCCCAUCAAAGGAAAUAGACAGUUUGGAACCACAUCAGCCACCUGAAUCAGUCCUCGGUGAUGGUCCCACGACCGGGCUCCGACCUACACAGCCCGUCGAGGUGAAACGAUCAGAGAAAUCAAAACCGCCGAGCCGGCGACAAUCCCUCGUUGGCCGCUCCGAUUCGAAUGAACAAAGUACUACCAACAUCUCAAAAGUCUCGCAUGAGGCCCCAUGGCGAAACGAUAGCUGGUUUCUCCGGGCCAAAGUGGCAUCGACAGUCCCCGAAACUUUGUCUGGCACGAAUACUGUCAACCCAGCUUCAAGUUCUAUAGAUGACACGUUUUCCUAUACAACCCCUCGGGAGCAGUUUGACCGCGAUCAUCCGACGGCACGUUUAAACCGUGGCACAGACUUAGAUAUGAAGAGAGGGCAAAAUCGUGUUUUCAAACCUCAGAAUAACCGACGUGAUCACAGCAAGGAGGACAACUCAGAGGAAGACCGACCACGGCACAAACCAAGGCGACGAGUUUCCCUAGACGACUCAUUGCCGGUCGCUGAAUCAACGAGUUCAGUGCCCGAAAGACACUUUGAGAGCGACGAAGCACCCUCGAAAUCAACUGUUCCUCCUCCACCUUCUAUCGCGACCUCUGAAAAGUCACCAAAAGGGAUUCUCAAAGACCCAAAAGAUUCGUUUCCAGAAAAUCCCGGCCCCAUUCGAGAAGGUGUUGCGCCACUCAAGGAUUUGACGGGCAUCCCUCCGGGGGCAAGAUGGACAAAGGUUGACAGAAGGCUCAUUAAUCCUGCGGCUUUGGAAGCUGGAAACGAACGGUUCGAGGAACGCUCAGAUUAUGUCAUUGUCCUACGCGUGUUGACAAAAGAGGAAAUUCAGAAUUAUGCGAUCAAAACGCAAGAGAUUAGAGAUGCACGCUGGAAAGUAUAUCAAGAAGAAAGGAAGCUUCGACGUAAACAUAAUAAGAAUCAAGGCCCAGACCCAUCGGACUGGGGUGGGGAGUCAGAGGUCUCCUAA